CUGGGCCAGGCCUGGGUCCGCCGGCGGAGGGCGGGGUUUCAGGCGGAGGAGGCUCGCAGCCGAAGGAGCCCAUGGAGGACGCUGACUACUUUGGCGGCAGCGCGGCGGAGUGGGGGGACGAUGCGGAUGGCGGGGCGCAGGAUGAUGAGUAUGGAGAAGGAGAAGAUGAUGCUGAAGUCCAGCAAGAAUGUUUGCAUAAAUUUUCCACUCGAGAUUAUAUAAUGGAGCCCUCUAUAUUUAACACUCUAAAAAGGUAUUUCCAGGCAGGUGGCUCUCCAGAAAAUGUUAUCCAACUGCUGUCAGAGAAUUAUACUGCAGUGGCACAAACUGUAAAUCUACUGGCAGAGUGGCUCAUUCAAACAGGUGUUGAGCCAGUGCAGGUUCAGGAAACUGUAGAAAACCACUUGAAAAGUUUACUCAUCAAACACUUUGACCCUCGGAAAGCAGAUUCCAUCUUUACAGAGGAAGGCGAGACUCCAGCCUGGCUUGAGCAAAUGAUAGCACAUCCUACAUGGAGAGAUCUUUUUUACAAACUGGCUGAAGCCCAUCCAGACUGCCUGAUGCUUAAUUUUACUGUCAAGCUUAUAUCUGAUGCUGGUUAUCAAGGGGAAAUAACCAGUGUAUCAACAGCAUGUCAGCAAUUAGAAGUCUUUUCUCGAGUGCUACGUACUUCUCUGGCUACAAUUUUAGAUGGAGGGGAAGAAAACCUUGAGAAGAACCUCCCAGAGUUUGCGAAAAUGGUUUGCCAUGGAGAACACACAUAUCUCUUUGCUCAGUCUAUGAUGUCCAUAUUAGCCCAAGAAGAGCAAGGUGGGUCUGCUGUGCACAGAAUUGCUCAGGAGGUUCAGCGAUUUGCUCACGAGAAAGGCCACGAUGCUAGUCAGAUCACUCUAGCCCUGGGUACUGCAGCCUCCUACCCUCGAGCAUGUCAAGCGCUCGGUGCCAUGUUAUCCAAAGGAGCUCUGAAUCCAGCAGACAUCACAGUCCUGUUCAAGAUGUUUACAAGCAUGGACCCACCUCCAGUAGAACUGAUUCGAGUACCUGCCUUUCUGGACCUUUUCAUGCAGUCACUAUUUAAACCAGGUGCUAAGAUCAAUCAGGACCAUAAACACAAAUAUAUCCACAUAUUAGCAUAUGCAGCCAGUGUAGUGGAGACAUGGAAAAAGAACAAGAGAGUGAGCAUAAACAAAGACGAGCUCAAAUCGACUUCAAAAGCUGUUGAAACGGUUCACAAUCUGUGCUGCAACGAAAACAAAGGAGCUUCAGAACUGGUUGCAGAGCUGAGCACCCUCUAUCAGUGCAUCAGGUUUCCUGUGGUGGCAAUGGGUGUAUUAAAGUGGGUGGACUGGACAGUGUCAGAACCACGAUAUUUUCAGCUUCAGACUGAUCACACUCCAGUGCAUCUGGCGUUACUAGACGAGAUCAGCACAUGCCAUCAGCUGCUUCACCCCCAAGUUCUGCAACUUCUUGUCAAGCUUUUUGAAACGGAACACUCCCAGCUUGAUGUCAUGGAACAGCUGGAGUUGAAGAAAACCCUUCUGGACAGAAUGGUUCACUUACUCAGUCGAGGAUAUGUCCUACCUGUCGUCGGUUAUAUCCGCAAAUGUCUGGAGAAACUAGACACAGACAUCUCACUCAUUAGAUACUUUGUUACUGAGGUACUGGAUGUGAUUGCUCCUCCAUAUACCUCAGACUUUGUGCAGCUUUUCCUUCCAAUCUUAGAGAAUGAAAGCAUUGCAGGCACUAUUAAAACAGAAGGUGAACAUGACCCUGUCACAGAAUUCAUAGGUAAGAUGUUUGUUACCCUCACUCCCUUAUGUACGCCCUUACAUUCUGAAGAUAUUUCUGGGAGGGGGAUUACAGUUAAUAGAAUAUAUUAUACAGGCACUAUUGUGUACAUUCUAGUUUCCCUUUCCUCUUAAAGACCCAUGUGGAGAGAUUUUUCUGUUAAUCAGGGAUGGCUAGAUGGGACUUCCUUUGAAAGUCCUUCACUGGUGCUUCUAGAGAGGCUGCUGCAUAGCAGAGCAAGUCCCUUCCUAUUGCCUCUAUAGCACACUCACGCCUGAGAACAAAAAGGGUAUAUCUGUUCCCUAGACUUUAACCUAGUGAGUUGUCACAAAUCAAUUACAUAAUGUAGACAUUGCACAUGAAAGCAGUUAUAACUAAAACAACAUGCUGAACAAUUUUUUUAAAUCUUUUUUUUUUUAAGCUCAUUGCAAAUCUAACUUCAUUAUGGUGAACUAAGGAAGCGAUAAAAACAAGAAUGCAGAGCACCAUGAAUACUGAGGUUAUGGACAAUCACUUCUUUGCUAUGCCCACCACCAGUAGGGUUCUCUAGUUGGAUAAUACAGUGGCAGCCAACAAGGAAGAAGUGUAGAGAUGCUUGCUGAUUCAUAUUGCACAGUAACUUUGAACUUUGUUCUGGAGAUCUUCUGUUGCAUCUUUGGGAAAGGGUCAGUCCGUACAAGGAUUAAUACUUCAGGAUAUUUUUAUUACAAAAAUCAGUUUGCCAGCCUAAGAGCAGCAUGAGAAAUAGUCAUAUUUCAAGGAUGUGUUUUGUUACUUUCACAGCUUGUAGAAGUUUCUUCUACUGAUCGUGUGUGUGUGUAUAUAUAUAUGUGUGUGUGUAUACGCACACACACGUGCGUGUGCGCACACCACUUUUCUAGUGACUGUAACCCUGAAUGAUGCAGGCUUUGAUCGUGUGAUUUGAUGAGCACACAAUUAGUCCUGUGCUGCGGAGAACCCAGGAUGAUUUUUCUCGUCAUUGCGUUCCACAGAUGAGUGUUCUGAAUAUCCUACAAAAUUACCUUCUGAAAAACUAGGUGUGUUGUGGAACACAAACUGAGUUGUAAUAAUCAAGGCUAGUUCUGUACUGAGAGACAAAUCAAAAAGCAGCCUUGUUCAGAAUUCUAGCUUUUUUUUUUUUUUAAUAGAUGUGUUAAACAUUACUGGUAAGUUUCAUUACCAUGUCACAGUUGGGACUGUAGCUAAAUUAUCUGAAUAUAUCUAAACAUUCUUGGUGUAGCUUUUUUUAUUACUUUAGCAUUUACUAAUUUAGUGUGGAGACGAACUGUGGAAAUAAACACACUGAGAUUCUAAUUUAUAUUUUUAUAAACAGUACUUUGACAGAGACUUCUCUUAUGCUUUAUAUGGUUAGCCUGAUUUUUUUAAAACAUAACUGUGUGGGGUGUUCUGUUAUUUUGCACACAAACAUGUGCAGGAAAAAAAUGGGGGCACAGAGAAGCCAAACUUGCCAUGCUAUUUUAAGGAAUGUUGAUAUCUAUAUGCCCUAAUUUCACCCAGAUAAAUUGCACUUGUAACUAACAAGGGGCAUAAAAUUGUUGUUUAGAGUGACAUUCAUAAAAAGAAACCAAGCCCUCAAAGUAGCCAAAUGUGUUCAUGAGUCUCUGGUAAUGAGAUACCGCAGGCAUGGGUGCACUAAUACACAAGAUAACUUGCCAUUGUUUGUGGACUCUUCUGCAGAACUGCAAGAACCUUCUUUUCUCCCAAUACAAGUGGGACUCUCUAUCAGACUGUAAUCUGUAGUAGUUGAGUAAGGGGGACAGUGCUUCCUAAGGGGGAAUCAGUCUCAGUGCUGCUGCAGCAACUCUAGUUUAUUACUACCAUAACACUGGCCCAUUGCUCAAAGGUGGUGAAUCUUUUGCAUAACUAGUGCUUCCUUGUUCUUGGUGCCAGAGCAUUCCAAAGUGCUUUGUCAACAUUUAAAGUACAAGGCUUCAGGCACCUCUGGGAGUAUUGUAGGUAGAAGGGACACCCAACUUUAACUCUUUGCAGUCUUCCAUAAGCUCUCGGUUUUCUGUCUCACCAAACAAAGCUGUUUGUCUUUACUCUAAAAGCCUUUCAUAGCCACCCUACUACCAUCUCUGAUUUGCUAUUGAGACAUUGACUCCGGCCUUGGACUGACCUCCAUUGUCCUCUUAACUUUCCAAGCAGGCACUGUCAUACAUUGUCCUCUCCUGCCCCUUGUGAUUGGGAGGGGCUUGCUGUAAACAUCAGGAUAAUGACCUCAUUAUCCUCCUUAAAACUCUCCCUCUGAGAUUGAAGGUAAAGACUGGACCUGGUGUUACUUUAUCAAAGCAGCAGCAGCACGGGUGUUAGAAACCAGCGGGACAGUGAUGGAGCUAAUAAUUUGUAAAAUAAAGCCCAUGUCACAAUGAAACAACUGUAGAUGAGUAAUAUGCUUCCUCACUUGUAGGUCACAGAUGAACAAUUAAACUUUCAUUUAAAACAAAAAAGCAGCUGGCUCCUGAAAUUAGAGAUAUUUUAAGACAUUGGAAGAUCAGUUUCUUCUUAACUUGCCAAAAUGGAAAACAGAAGUCUGUAGCUCACUGCUAUCUUGUAGAGUACCUGAAAUGCAGACCCUAAUCUCUGUUCUAGGUAAAUGUGACCUUCAGUACAUACUGCAACAUGUAGUAGGUUGUGGUUGAUUAGCAUCUCAGUCCAAGAGCAGGACCCUUGGUGACAUGGGGCACUCACUUUCUGUGCAAUUGUAGGUGUCCUUAGUUCACUCAUAUACAUAUGUGAUCAUUGAAGGUGGCUCUAUUCUCUCACCCAUCCUUCGUUGGCACCUCAUGUUGGCAUUUAAUUAAAGUACAGAGUCUGUUUAAACCUUGUCUGUGCCCUGCCAAGAGAGGCUGCCAUAGGUCACACUAAGUUAAUGCUGAGAAACAAAUUCCAUUUAACUCUUAACAAUCCAUUUGUGCACCCUCUAAUCACUUCACAUAAGAAACAAUGUCAUUUUAAUAACUGUGGUUCAGUUAAUAGUUGAUAUGGUUUGGGUUGUAAUUCACACCAUUAGGGAACUAGGCACAUAAGGUUGAGUAGCAAGAAAGAGGAAGAUAACAUACCAUCUUUUCUUGUAUGGUAAGAGCACAUGUUAAAAGCUAUAUCUUAUUAGAACCCUAUUCCCAUUCCCCCCCCCUUUAAAAAAAACACCUGUCAUUGUCCUUGUACAGAAAAAUAGCACAGCCAUUCAAAUACCAAAGCCUAGAAUUAGAGUAAAGAAAGUAUCAGGCAAUAACAAUCAGUGCUUAUAUUAAACAUUUUCCGGUAGUUUUAAAGAGGUUUGGUUACUGUUGCAUCAUUUUCAAUCAGAUAAAAAUGACAAUCUGCAGUGCAAGACAUGCACUAGUGAAACAAUAGAAUGACUACAGGACACAGUUUUAAAAUAGAGAACAAAAAACAGUACGGUUUCUGUAUUUAUGUAGCUCAGUGAUAUUUACUUUGUGUAUAUAAUUUGCAAGUCUAAACCCAAAUUUUUAGAAGAAAUCACUACCUCUUGCUUAGAGCAAACUUUAAAGUUUGUACUAGAAGGAAAACCUCCUUUGUUACAAGUGUAAAACAAAUCUUAUAUAUUUCUUCAGAUUAAAUAUUGACAAGUGAGAAUGAUUUUUCCAAUGAGAGGAUUUGUACUUAUAACUUCUGAUAUGUUGUUUGGUAAGUACCAGGCACACAAAGCAGAGGAUAAGCAAAUUUAUCUUAACAGCUGCUUUUAAAUAUGCAGUGCAAGUUAAAAAUUUAGAGGCAGUUUUUCCACUUCUAAAACAUCAUGGUUAUCUGAGCGAAUUCCUCUUAACUGCCUGGUCAUUCUUUACUACAGAAUAGUUAAACUGCCUUUUAAUUAAAAAAAAAAACAAAAAACA